AUGGAAGUUCAAUCCGAAUCAAGAACCUGUGAUAUUAUCGAGGGAGUUAAAAAGGACAUCGAGGGAUUAAGCGGACAUAAAGGAAUUAAAGAGGAUAUCAGAGUGGUUGGGAGGAUCGAAAGAUUUGAGGGAUUUGGAUUAUUGGAUUUGAGUAGGAAGAAAAUUUGAAGGGAAUAAAAGAGAUAUUUUGGGAUUUGAGUGUUAAAAAGGAUAUAAGGGAAUUUAGGAUGAUUAUAUAAGGGAAUUUAAUAUGAUUAAUAGGAUCGAAAGCUUUGAUUUCUUCCAUUUUCAGCAUUGCUUCCAUUUCAGCUGAUUUUGCCAAUUUUUGCGCAUAAGCAAAAAUUU